AAACAGUUGCAGAUACUGUGUAGUUCACAGCUUGGUGGAAAAGCAGAUUUUGGACCUGAGACAAAAAGCAGUAUUUAAACUUUUUAUUCCCGGACACACCUGUCUGAGCUGAAGACUGAAGACAUCCCUGAGGCUGACUGUUACCAGAGAGGAGCUUUGGAGAGACUCCCAAGAACAGGACUGCAUACAUAGAAGCACCAGCAGCAGAGUUGGACAAACUGAGGGAAUUUCCUACAAGGAUUUAUCCGGACGGUGUUCAGACAAGAAAGUUUGGCCACGAGGGCAUUUCAAGGCUUGAGAAGGAGGACUUUUGUCAACCAAAGCUAGAUCAAAUCAACCAAGAUGGAGCUUCAGAAGAUCAACGGCCACAGCAAGGAUGAUGGAUUUGAUGGGCUCGACGCCUUGGCAGAGCACGACGAGUUUCUCCCGCAUAAACCAGGCACAAAGAAAGAAGUCCACUUUACAGAUUUUGAGGGGAAGACAUCGUUUGGGAUGUCCGUUUUCAACCUCAGUAAUGCCAUUAUGGGCAGUGGAAUUCUGGGGUUGGCUUUCGCCAUGUCCAACACCGGAAUAGUUAUGUUUUUAAUCCUGCUAGUAUGCAUCGCCAUUCUGUCUGCAUAUUCCAUUCAUCUGCUGCUAAAAUGUGCUGGAGUCGUUGGUAUUCGAGCAUAUGAGCAGCUUGGAAAUCGUGCUUUUGGCCCCCCGGGGAAAAUGUUGGCUGGCUGCAUCAUAACUGUACACAACAUUGGAGCUAUGUCCAGUUAUCUCUUCAUUGUGAAGUCUGAGCUCCCGCUGGUUAUUCAAGCUUUACUGGAUGAAACUAAAAACACAGGAGAUUGGUACUUGAAUGGAAACUACUUGAUCAUGAUUGUUAGUGCCUUCAUCAUUCUUCCUCUUGCUCUCAUGAAACAGCUUGGUUACCUUGGCUACACAAGUGGCUUCUCCCUCUCCUGUAUGGUGUUUUUCCUCAUUUCGGUUAUAUACAAGAAAUUCAACAUCCCCUGCCCUUUUGAGGAUAAACUGCAUCACAACAUAACCCCUACUGUUGACCCCCUCUCUGGCCAGAACAGCACAGCGGACUUCUGUGAGGCCAAAUUUUUUACCAUGAACUCACAGACGGCGUACACUGUUCCUAUCCUGGCUUUUGCAUUUGUCUGCCACCCAGAAGUGCUGCCAAUCUACACUGAGCUACGAAAUGCCACCAAGAAGCGUAUGCAGACUGUGGCUAACAUCUCCAUCAUGGCCAUGUUUGUCAUGUACCUGCUGACUGCUCUCUUUGGUUACCUCACCUUCUACGUUAAGGUGGAGUCGGAGCUGCUGCACACCUACAGUCGCGUGGACCCCCUGGAUGUGCUGAUCCUGUGCGUGCGUCUGGCCGUGCUGGUGGCCGUCACGCUCACCGUCCCUGUGGUUCUCUUCCCGAUUCGCAGGGCCUUGCUUACGAUCUUUUUUCCUGACAAGCCUUUCCACUGGGCCAGACACAUCAUCAUUGCAAUCUGCCUCAUCUUCGUGGUCAACCUGCUGGUUAUAUUUGUGCCCUCCAUCCGCGACAUCUUUGGCCUCAUCGGAGCCACAUCUGCCCCCAGCCUCAUUUUCAUCCUUCCUGGAAUCUUCUACAUCCGAAUUGUUCCUGAAGACCAGGAGCCCAUGAAGUCUAGACCCAAGAUUCAGGCUGCUUGUUUUGCAGCAUUGGGAGUCGUCUUUAUGGUCAUGAGUCUGUCAUUUAUUAUGAUCGACUGGGCAACUGGAGAAUCCCGGAGUGGAGGGGGACACUAGCCGGGCGCUGUAGGCCCCGACUGAACAGAGGUACUGCAAACAGAAUGUCGUCCAAAGCACUCCGUCUAACUAAAUUACCCCAAUCUGCUGAGCUUUCGUCCAAACUGAAAAAGUUCCGGUGCCACAAGAAGAACAAUUAACGUGAACCGUCGGCAACAUCGAAACAAGGUUUUGACAAGUGAUUGGGCAGAGGAAAAAAGUAAUGUGGUGGAGGAAUAAACACAGCAGGCAGCGUACUCUGACUGCAGGCAAACCUGCCACGGCCCAAAGUAAGGAUGCCGUUAGGGCUCAUGCGUAAGCAGUAAAGAAAAGAUGAAUGGGAACAGCAUGACUAAAAUGGAAAUCCCAUUUUAGACAAAUGAUGUCAUCUUUUUCAUGGAAUAGCUCAGUCACUGCCACCGUCCCUCCAGCCUACUUCCCUACCAGCUCACAAUUUAGAGGACAUGCAUUGGCUGGUGUUGUAAGGCAAGCAUUUUUUUUUUUUUUUUGCCUUUUAUCAAACAAAACCAGACAUAUCAGUUUGUUGAUUCUGUUGCGGUUUCAUUGUACCUGUAAGUCUGUCGGUGAAGUGUUGCUCAACAUUCCCUAAACUGGGUCGGAUAAAUACGGCAGUGAAUUUUAAUGUAUCAGAUUUUCAGUGAAAUGGAAUUCAAUUCAUGUUUUGUUUAAUUGUUUGUUUGUAUGUUGUUGUUUUUUUCCUUUUUCUUUUAAUCUAUACUUACAUUGACUGAUGUAAAGGUGAUGAUCUUCAAGCUUGAAUUUGCUGCAGUCCGUUCGGAUCAGUCACACAGUUACUGACAAUCAUGCAAGUCAACACACACAAACACUGAGGUGGUUUGCACAAAGAUAGAUAAAUAUAAAUAUAAAUAUAAAUAAAUAUAUAUAUAUAUAUAUAUAUAUAUAUAUAUAUAUAUAUAUAUAUAUAUAUAUAUAUAUAUAUAUAUAUAUA